AAUAACAUACAGAGACGGAAGUUAAAAAAAAAAAAAAAAAAAUUGCAUACAGGCUUAACGGUGAAGGGUGGAGUUGGUGAAACAAAUGAACAAGGCAGUCCUAAUGUCGACUAACCACCACGUCCUCCGCCUAGUCCUGUCGUGCCGCAAAAUCACAGCUCAGGUGACAAGCCCCAACACGUCAUCAAUCAUAGCCAUGGCUUCCUCCUCCGAGCAAGACUUGGCCUCCCGCUACCCAACCCACCUCAACCGCUUCCCUCGCUCCCAACUCUUCUGGGACGCCAAGCUCGCCUCCCACGUCGGCCACAAGCUCGCCCUUCGUCUCCUCGACCUCGCUGUCACCGCCGUCCAUAUUGAUGUCGCCGAAGAGCUCUCCAGGCCUCCCCACCUCCGCUUCCGAGUCUGGCCCCUCUUCGUCUCCGUUAAACGCGCCGGCGUAGUCGUCCACGGCGCCGAUAAGCUCGUCUUUGCUUAAUUUGUUUUUUGUAAUCAACAUUACGAAUAAUAAAAUAGAAAAUUACAGUUUUGUCCUUCGCUACCACAGCACCUAUAUAACCUGUCCGCCGCAGAAAAGAGAGAGAGAGAGAAAAUGGCGAACGAGAAGUCGGUGAUGGCGGUGAUCAGAGCGGCGAGGCCAACCUUCCGCAACAACAGCGACAAGGUUGCUUUCGCAGUUCACGCCUCUUUCGCGGCCUCCGGUUACGAGCUUAUCGCCACCGGCCCUCCUGCUUUUUCCGAUUCCGCCCUCUCGUCUUCCUCCACUGGUAAGCUUUUCACUCCUACUUUAUACUCUGCAAAAUCUGAUGGCGCCUGGUGUCUCUGUAGACGAAGUAGGAAUUGACGGAUGGAACGAGCUGGACGACGAGUACGCUUUCGUCUACGCCAACUCAGAAAGGAACAAGUUGCUCGUGAAAUGCCUUGUCAUCAAUGAUAAGUUGUUCGUCGAUGCUUUGGCUUCUGGCUCUUCCUUCCAUCUCGAAAUCAGGUAGGCCUGCACUUUGUCUUUCUUUCUUUCCUUCUCUGUGUGAUUUUGCAUUUGAUUUCUCUCUUCUCAAUUUGUUUAUAAAUUUGCAGCGUGGGUGACUAUGUUGGAGAGAGCGGUGGCAGCGGUAAUUACUCGUCGCAGUUCAAGAAUUUGGAGGUACUGGUGAAGAGUCUGGACGCUCAAGUUUUGUCUAAAUUAGAUGGCUCUUUAAAAGCCGGUUCGAGCAGUAACAAA